CCUCUCAAACCAUACCUCUUUGUCUUUCUGUCUGGUAGUGGGAAACUUGAAAAUCUGGGCUUCGUCCUCUCUGUUCCUUUUACUCGAAUUUUGCCCUCUUUGAUCGAUCCCAAUGCUUACUUUUCUCCUCUCCCUCCUGUUCUCCUCUCUAUUUUUAGUGAUGAGUCUCUCUGUUUUUAACUCUGCUUUUAAAACCCACCUAAACCCAAAAGGACAAAGCAACAGAGAAAAGAAAACCGAUCUAAAUACCCCCAUCCUCUCUGUCUUUCUCUGUUUCUUCUGUAUCCUUUAUAUCCUUCCACGACCACAUACCACAAAGGAACAAACAAAGACUUGAAAAAAAAACUCAUUUUUUAAAACUCUUUGAGGCUAAGAUUCUAUGGAAGAAUUCAGCUUUAGGGGAAGCCAUGUACCGGCAUUUGGAAGCUGGGAUUGCAACAAUGACGACUUGCCUUUCACUCAGUGUUUUGAAUCUGCGAGGCAACCCGGGUUGCAUCGUUACAGCUACUCUGAAGAUCGUGACUUGUACGUGUCGGGGGACUUGUACCAGAACGAUGUUGUCACUCCCGCCAUGAUCGUCGUUCCUCGCCGAAGGGUAAGCGCAAAAACGCAUGGGAAAGAAGCGAAAAGGAAGGGUUGGGAGGUGGGUGAUAUGAAGGAACCAGCGAGCCCUGUUUCACCACCACCUCCGCCGCCACCAAGAAAUGCUCCGAGAGCUGUUGAUGAAGAUCUUUACCAGAUCUCACCGGACCUCCUCUAUGCCAAACUCAAAAGGAAGAGAGGGCGAGGCCUCUUUUCAAGCUGCUUGCUGCCGACCUGUAUUCCAUGAUGAAUCUGACUGGAGAUUUAUAGUACUGCCGCGAACAUAUAUAUAUAUAUAUAUAUGAAAAAUGAGAAUGUAAUUUGUAUUCUGCAGUAAAAAAAUGCCAAAGAAAAUGAUAGAAGAUAAAUGAUCAUUAUCAUAUGGUAAUGGUUAGAGGAUCUUCUUUCUAGUGUUUUAAUUCUUUGUUUGUUUAGCUAUUUUUUCCUGGUGCCUUUUGUUUUGUUGUCAAUCCCUGCUAGCUGUGCAGAGAGUGGAGGAAUUAGUGUUGGACUUUGAGGGUUGAUCCAAGAAAAUCUACCAAAAAUAUUUUUUCAUCUUGAAAUUAUUAUGGUGAUCCAUACCAUAUGUUCUA